AGCCACCGAGGAUGGACGUGUUCGACAAACAGUAUAGAACUUACCGCUUGAUCUUGUCCGCCGUUGGACUCUGGCCGUAUGACAAGUCCAUGUACCAAACUGUUCGGAGAAUUAUAGUCUUUACGAUCUUGUUCAGUUUCCCGACGUUUCAGAUCUUGUCGAUCAUUAAAUCGAAAGUUACUUUGGAACGGUACAUAGUUUUGCUAGCCUCUAUUAGUCCAUGGCUACUGUUUUGCGUACGAUACGUUGGCUUCAUCGAUUGUAUUUCACUGAUGAAAUAUUUCUUUGAAAUGAUUCGAACCGAGGAGAAAAGGUUGAAGGAUUCGACCGAAGUGCAAAUACUAAUGAAAUACAUUGAUGAUUCCACUCGCAUUAUUUUUAUUUUCUUGGGUAUAUGUUGCACAAUGGUCAUACUAGUGUCAGCUUUCUGUUUUAUUCCAAUGAUGCUGGAUGUGAUAAGACCUUCGAACGAAUCGCGAGUCUCUGCUUUAUCGUACGUAACCGAGAUUUCGUCAGAACAGCCAGGGUACAUUGUAAUGUUGAACAUGGAAUGGAUAGGUAUCUUGAUAAUCGGUAGUUUAUCCAUCAUCUCCACGGAAUCAGCCUUAAUUAUAAUAAUUUAUUACAUAUGUGCUUUGUUACGAAUAACUAGGUACAGAAUACGAAAUGCAAUUAUAAACGCAAGUAAGGAUAGAUCGAAUUUCAAUUAUCGAGAUUUUCAUUCUGCAGUGAACCUUCACGUGAGGGCUAUGAAAUACAUAGAUUUCGCGACGAAUGGUAUGACGGUUUGGUAUUUCAUAGCUGUGGCUUUUGUCAUUCUGUCUUUCGCUCUGAGUUUGCAACGAUUGUUUCAAUCAAUAAUGAUUUUGGGAAGUCCGAUAGAUACCCUGAUCUCUGUCAUAUAUUUUAUCGUGCACCUGACGUUCAUGUUUGCCAAUAACUAUUGUGGUGAAAUGUUACUUAACCACAGUCUAGACAUAUUUAUCGAGUCAUACAAUUCAACUUGGUAUCUGAUCCCAUUGAAAGCCAAGAAAUUGUUACUGUUCAUUAUGACUAGGAGUUCGGUCGAAUCCGUGGCCAAUCUAUUCGGCCUGUUCGAGCCGUGUAACAGAGGCUUCGCAACGAUGAUGAACAGCUCUUUCUCGUAUUUCACUCUGAUGUGUGCCUUUCAGUAACAUUUGAUUGAUUCUCGGAAUAACUAUGGUCUGAUAGUGAC